AUGCUUCGCACCGCUCUCACCCGUUCCACUGCCAUCAAGGCUGGCGUUCGCACCUUUGCCGCCGCCCCCGCUGCGGCCCGCUCCAAGCACACGCUCCCCGAUCUCUCCUACGAUUACGGUGCGCUCGAACCCGCCAUCUCGGCCCAAAUCAUGGAGCUGCACCACACCAAGCACCACCAGACCUACGUCAACGGUCUCAACACUGCCGAAGAUCAACUUGCCGAGGCGCUCCACAAGAAAGACGUCAAGUCCGCAAUUGCUCUUCAGAAGGCGAUCAACUUCAACGGCGGUGGGCACAUCAACCACACGUUGUUCUGGGAGAACCUCGCCCCGACCAAGCAAGGCGGUGGUGAACUGAGCAAGGGUGCUCUUAAGGAUGCCAUUGAGAGGGAUUUCGGUGGACUCGAGCAGUUGAAGGGGAAGUUCAACGCUCAGAUCGCCGCAAUCCAGGGAAGCGGUUGGGGUUGGUUGGGUUACAACCCGCAGACGAAGAAGUUGGAUAUCGUUACGACGGCUAACCAGGACCCCCUGCUCAGCCACGUGCCGCUCAUUGGGGUGGAUGCUUGGGAACACGCGUUCUACCUGCAGUACCAGAACGUCAAGGCCGACUACUUUAAGGCUAUUUGGGACGUGAUCAACUUUAAGGCGGCUGAAGAGCGUCUGAAGAAGGCCCAGUAA